UUCCCCCGCCUCGCCGAAACCCUCUCCUCCCUCCUCCGCCUCUAGCCGGCCACCUCGCCGGCUCCGGCCGCCGCGGGGGAAGCGUCAGUCCCGGUGCCACGCCUUGCCUAGGUACCCUCGUUCCCCCUCCAGCGCCACCUCGCCCGCGGGAGAUGGCUCAUUGACGUGGCAGGGGAGACGGGACAGGACGGGGACCCCCGGCGGGUGGAGAAUUCGAAAUCCCCGAGGGUGACGAUGAUGAGCUCGUCGGCCUCGAGGAGGGAGGUGGCGAGGAGCUCUGAGGUGGGGCGCGCCGGCGGCGGCGAGCCCCCGAGGCCCUCCGCGGCGGCGAUGGCGCGGAGCGGGGAGCUCACGAGGGGCUCGGCGGCGGCGGUGCGGCACGAGGGGUGGAUGCUGCGGUACGGGCGGCGGAAGAUCGGGAGGUCGUUCGUCCGCACGCGCUACUUCGUCCUCGACAACAAGCUGCUCGCCUACUACAAGAAGCAGCCCAAGGACAACAUGGUGCCAGUGAAGGCGCUUCAAAUAGAUGGAAAUUGCCGAGUGGAAGAUAGAGGUCUUAGAACACACCAUGGGCAAAUGGUCUAUGUUCUGUGCAUAUACAACAAGAAAGAAAAAGAGGAUCAAAUCACGAUGGGUGCACAUGAUAUUGAGGAUGCCCUGGUCUGGAAAAAGAAGCUAGAGCUCCUCAUUGAUCAGCAACAGGACACUAUGACAGCUAAAAACCGUAAAGCUUUUGCCUCUCUGGACUUUGACAUGGAGUUUGGAGGCCCACUAUCGUUCUCUGAUCGUGACAGUGGACCGGAAGAUGAAGAAGAGCCCCGUCCUACCUUGCUUCGCAGGACAACUAUUGGCAAUGGUCCUCCUGAUUCGGUACAUGACUGGACUAAAGAGCCUGAUAUUGGGCUGUCAGAUCAGAAUGACACCAACCAUGCUUACUCAAGAAAGAACUGGCGGCUACUUAAAUGCCAGAAUGGUUUGCGCAUCUUUGAAGAACUUGUGGAGGUUGAAUACCUUGCAAGAAGCUGUAGCCGAUCAAUGAGAGCUGUUGGUGUGGUGGAAGCCACAUGUGAAUCCAUUUUUGGGCUAAUAAUGAGUAUGGAUGUAACACGAUAUGAGUGGGAUUGUAGCUUCCAUUAUGGGAGUUUAGUUGAAGAGGUUGAUGGUCACACUGCAAUACUAUAUCAUCGGCUACAGCUGAACUGGUUUUCAAUGAUGGUCUGGCCCCGUGAUCUUUGUUAUGUACGAUAUUGGCGGCGCAACGACGAUGGAAGUUAUGUUGUACUGUUCCGAUCUACUGAACAUCAGAACUGUGGUCCCCAACCAGGAUUUGUGAGGGCUUUUAUUGAAAGUGGAGGUUUCAAGAUUUCUCCCCUCAAAUGCAUCAAUGGGAGACCACGCACUCAAGUUCAACACCUUAUGCAAAUUGAUCUAAGGGGAUGGGGUGUCAACUAUUUUUCAUCAUUCCAGUACCACUCUUUAUUGCAGAUGCUCAACUGUGUAGCUGGAUUGCGUGAGUACUUUUCCCAAACUGAUGAUAUUCAUCCAGUUCCGAGGAUUCCCGUGAUGAGUACUAUGGCCACUGUGUCCUCAUUGAAAAAGGAUAAGAAACUCCAAGAAGCUGACCUAAAGACAAAACAAACUGAUAACAAAAAUUUGGAUAUGAUAGAUGAAGAGUCAGAAGAGGAUGAUGACUACCAAAUCCCUGAAGCUAAUCUGGAGGAGCCUACCAGAUCUGACAGUGAUGCCAAGUACUCAGAUCCAAUAGAUUUAUCCUUUUUCUCGGGUAUUAUUCGUCAGGAUGCAAACGAGAAAAGCCGUAACUGUUGGACAGUACCUGAUAGCAAACUCUUUAAAGUUCGUAGUGAGAACUUUCCACAUGACAAAUCAAAGGUUCCUGCAACAAAGUACCUUAUGGAGCUUGUAGCAAUUGACUGGUUUAAGGACAUCAAGCGUAUGGAUCAUGUUGCUAGGCGGAAAGGAUGUGCAGCUCAGGUCGCUGCUGAGAAGGGGAUGUUCACCUUUGUUGUAAACAUACAAAUUCCUGGAUCAAGCCAUUACAGCUUGGUCCUCUAUUUUGUUACAAGAACCUUGGAAAAAGGAUCACUGUUGCAGCGUUUUGCUGAUGGUGACGAUGAUUUCCGAAAUAGCAGAUUGAAGCUCAUCCCAUCUGUUCCGAAGGGAUCUUGGAUAGUGAGACAAAGCGUUGGAAGUACUCCUUGCUUAUUGGGAAAAGCUGUUGAUUGCAGCUAUAUGCGUGGUCCAGAGUACAUAGAAGUAGAUGUAGAUAUUGGUUCCUCAGCAGUGGCCAAUGGUGUUCUGGGAUUGGUGUUUGGCGUCGUUACUACUUUAAUAGUUGAUAUGGCUUUUCUUAUACAGGCAAACACAUAUGACGAACUUCCUGAGCAACUUCUAGGUGCUGCAAGGCUAUCCAAUAUCCAACCCAGCUCAGCAGUAGUUCCUCUACUUGAUAAUAUAUCUCCAGGGGAAUGAAAUCAACCGGAGCAGAUCCUUUAAUUCUUUGCUUGGAACCUCCAUUUGUUCUGUUGCUGCGGCAGCAGUUGGCAGUUUGAGACAGCAAAUGUGUGAUCUUCAAGGCUGGAAUGAAGCACGGCCAACUCCAGAAUUCCUCCCGUCUGUCACUACAGUUUUCCAGAUUUUCUGACACCAAAUUAUUCACUGCUAGUAGGUAGAUUGCAUAUAGUAUGUGGUUAUACGGCAUCAUACAGAAAACCAAUUCAUGUACAACUCAGCGUACUCUGCUGCUUUCUUCCCUCUUUUCGUAGCCAUUUUUUUUAUCUGACAUCUCAGUUAGAUGCUUUCUUCCCCUCUUGGAUGUAAAUUAAACUAAUCAUUGCUUGGCCUUUGAGCUUAUUGUAUCUCCUACUUCUCGAAGCUUUAGGUCCCUUUGAUUUGUAGGAAAAACAUAGAAAAUUUAGAGGAUUUUAAUCGUA